CUGGACGUUAAUCUUGCUUCGUGAAAUUGAAAACAGCAAGAAAAGAGAAAAAUUGUAAAAUGAGUUAAUUAUACCGAAAAAAUACGUGUUUGUGGUCUUCUUAAUUAGUUAAAGUGUCCGCUUUUGAUUAAUCAAUUUGUUUUACAUAAAAGAUAAAGUCCAGAAUUCGAGAGGUGAAUUUUCCUGUUCGGUUUUAUAUGUUUGACAAACAAAAACACCACAACAAGAAACCCUUGGGUUAAAGAAUACAACAAAUCAGAGAUAUUUUGCUAAACACAAGUGUCUCAUGUCGAUUGGAGAAAACACACAAGCGGGAAGGAAGCACACGAAGCAAAAAUAAUAAAAGAAAAACCGUCGAAGAUAUAAUAACUUGUACAUUUUUAUGAACAAAUCAUAUUCUUAAUUUAGAAUAUCAUACCUGGGCGAGUGCUGUAUCAUAUUCCGUAUUAAAAUAUAAAAUAGAAAUAUUUCUAUAUUUCUCUUCGUUGUGAGUGACAAACGAGGAAAGCGAAAAAGAGCAAACAUCAUUCGUUGGAAAGUAAACAAAAGAAGAAAGAGUCAUAAUAAUAAAUAAAAAAAAAAGUUUGUUCAAUUAGACAUACAAGAGUGAAAGAAGACAAAUUCACUGUGUAUACAUAAAUCAAAUAUUGCGAAUUUGUGGGCGGAGAGCAGACAUAAUAAUUGACAAAAUUGAUACACGGAAGCACAAUGUCGAGUGAAGAAGACAAACCGCCAGCACCACCAGUGCGGCUGACAAGUAAUCGAGGUGGCAGUGAUAGACUUGAUGGUCCACCUGAUUUAAAGCCUUUACCGAAAGAACCCGAUGACCCCGAUCGUAAGAAGAAAACAUUGAAGAAUAAAAUCAAAUCAAAACAAUCACACAAUGACUCCAAACCAAACAUUUCAUAUCCGACGAAUUUCGAACACACGGUGCAUGUGGGAUUUGACGCAGUAACGGGAGAAUUUACGGGAAUGCCGGAACAAUGGGCAGUAUUAUUAAUGAACAGCAACAUCAGCAAAAUGGAACAGAAAAAGAAUCCGCAAGCUGUCUUGGAUGUGCUCAAUUGGUUCGACAAUAGCUCCAAACAACGACCUAGUUCGAAAUAUAUGACGCAUGGCAUGCAUAACACAACACAUUCGGCAUCAUCAAUAGGUUCGUCGCUGAGUCGUGUUAGCAGUUCGAGUCCUAGCAGUACACCAACUGAUAGUGAAUCACAAUCACAUGUUGGUCAUGUUGUUCUUCAAACGGUCAAUAAUCAUACAACAAUUCCAACAUCAAUUUCCAUGCAAAAUAAUCACGGUGUUCAUAAUAUGAAUCAUUCAUCGUCGCGUAGUUCAGAACAAGAGGAAGAAAUUGCACCACCGAUUGCCAGUCGACCGGAACGAACAAAAUCAAUUUACACACGUCCAAUUGAUGACCCGCCCAUGUCACCAUUGCCCCAUCCCCAUAUUAAUCACACAAAUCAAUUGAAAAGUCCAACGUUGGAUAAGAAUAAAAAUUCGACAACAAUUCUAACAUCACCAGCAACAACAAUAACAACCACAACAACGACAAAUAACAACAUGACGACAAAUAUUAACACAACCGUAACAUCACCAACUGGUAAUAUUGAGCCACCAACAAAUCAAACGCGUAGUUCAGCGAAGAAGAAGAAGAUGACAGAUGAAGAGAUCCUUGAGAAGCUUCGAACAAUUGUUAGUGUAGGUGAUCCAACAAGAAAAUAUGCAAAGAUGGAAAAGAUUGGACAGGGAGCAUCGGGAACAGUUUAUACAGCAAUUGAAAGUUCAACUGGCAUGGAAGUUGCGAUUAAACGAAUGAACCUGAGUCAACAGCCUAAGAAAGAGCUGAUCAUUAAUGAGAUUCUCGUGAUGCGAGAGAAUAAACAUCCGAAUGUUGUGAACUAUCUUGACAGCUAUCUUGUGUCGGAAGAGUUGUGGGUGGUAAUGGAAUAUCUUCCUGGUGGGUCUCUCACCGAUGUUGUAACUGAAACUUGCAUGGAUGAGGGACAAAUUGCUGCUGUUUGUCGUGAGGUUCUUCAAGCGCUUGACUUUCUACAUAGCAAUCAAGUCAUUCAUCGAGACAUCAAAAGUGACAAUAUUCUCUUGGGAUUAGAUGGAAGUGUUAAGCUUACAGAUUUCGGGUUCUGUGCGCAGAUUUCACCUGAACAAUCGAAGAGAACAACAAUGGUUGGAACACCAUAUUGGAUGGCGCCAGAAGUUGUGACACGAAAACAAUAUGGACCGAAGGUUGAUUUAUGGUCACUUGGAAUAAUGGCGAUCGAAAUGAUUGAAGGAGAGCCACCGUAUCUGAAUGAGAAUCCAUUGCGUGCACUUUAUUUAAUUGCAACGCAUGGUAAACCGGAAAUUAAGGAUAAGGAUAAGUUGAGUCCUGUUUUUCAAGACUUUCUCGAUCAGUGUCUUGAAGUUGAUGUUGAUCAACGGUCGAGUGCUAUGGAAUUACUAAAGCAUCCUUUCUUGAAACUGGCACGUCCACUUGCUAGUCUAACACCAUUAAUAAUAGCAGCUAAAGAGGCAACUAAAGGGCACUAAUGUAAGGCGGAUAAAACAACAAAACAAAUCAGUUAAAUGUGCUUUCUUCCUAUAAUGAAAAGCACUACAUUACUCUUCCUCCUAGAUCGAUAGUUUUAAACUAUUAAACAAUUAGAAAGUCUCUUCGUAAGUUUGUCAAGUCACGACUUUUUUUUUGUUUGAAGAUUUGAACUUUUAUUUAAGUAUCUGUCUAAAAAAUGCUUUUUAUUGCAUUGGAAAAGCAUUUUUAUUACGUUUUCAGUUUUUAUUUAUGAGAUUCUAGGAAAAGAAGUGAAAAAAAUGCUUAAAGCAGAAAAGCUUUUUCUUUUAUAAUUUUUAUUUUUAAUUUGUUUUAUUUUUCUUUGACAUUGAGACGAGGAUAAAAUGUAUAAAGUGUGCCUAAAUAAGAAUUCCUGUAACUGAAUUGUCUCAGUUGGUUGACGAAUGAUGUUCAUAAUAAGUUCGAAUUCCUUUGCGUGAGUUUAAAUGAUCGUAAAUAGAACAAAACGAAAGAAAAUGAAAAAGUUUCUUCAUCCUUUGUAAGAUUAGUGACAAAAAUAUAACGAAAUCAUUUCAUCUUUUCAUAUAGGACUAAAAUGAAUUUCCUUGACUCAAAUUUUUAGUGAUUUAAAUGUCGCACACACAUAAAUGUCAGGAAUAAAUUUUUAAAUCUAAAUCAAACAUUUGAAUGAAGAAAUUAAUUAAUGAUAAAGAAAACAUUUAUCGAUCAAAAAUCUAUUUAAAGUUCAAAUUCAAUGGAAAAGUUUUUGAAAAAAUCCGAUUAGUUUGAUUGGGCAAACGUGAGUAGGACGUGCGUGAUUCAGUGUUUAGCAAUUUGAAGAUUGAAAAUUAUUUCUCUCCCAUAUUAAAAGUCUAAUUUUUAAGUUGAAUUACAGAAAAUUCCUCCGAUUAUAAUCUUGAUUUGAUUUCGUCCAUCUAUUGACUGAUUCAUUUUUAAUUGUCUUUAUCCUUUAUAAAAGAAAGUGAGAGAAAGAGAAAGAAACUUGCGCAGCAAACGAUUUUUUUGUCACAUAUUUUGUCAUUAAUAAAAUAAAACGCAUUUGUUGUAAAUACUUCAAAUAUCAUGUAUUUAUUACUGAGUAUUUAAGUAAGUAAAUGUAUAAUGAGAGUGUAGCUAAUUAAUUUAUAGUUUCACAGAAACAACAAUCUUGUGACGUUGAUAGAAAGGAAAUCAUUUAACUAGGAGUUAGUUAAUUAUAAAAAAAUUGUCACAACGUUUUGGAAACAUUUUUAUUUCUUUUUUUUUCAUCUUUAAAUUAAGUUGUCAUUGUCGAACAGAAUGCUUAAGAAAAAUUUGAAUGGCCAGCGAUUGAUGUAAAUAAUCAACAUAAGAAUGAAAAAGUAUAUUAAAGCUAAAGGCUGUGCCUGACUUCGGCUUCAUAAUUUCAAAUAAUAUUUUACUCUCUGAAAAGCAAUAAAAGUCUUAUCAAAUAUUUUGCACGAUUAAUGCUUCUUUUCAUUUUCGUUUUAAUUUUUUUCUUUCUCAUUCUUUUUUUAUCGAAUGAAAAACUUUACAAUAAAAGGAAUGAAUGAAAAGAAAACUCAGGUUCACAAAAAGAUUACAAAAAUAUUGAAAUUUUCGUUUGCGCGAUUUCCUUAUGCAAGCUCGCUAGCUUUUGCUAUUUAACAAAACUUUUUUCUGCAAUCAGACUUCUUUACAUAAAAGAAAGAGUUUUAUUAAUGAUUUCCUGUGCAGCAUAAUCAUUUUUCAAGGAAAUAUCGCGGAAGUUUUUUUCGCUUAUUGCCACACAUUACUCUGUGUGUGUGUUUGAAUGUGAGUGCUGUAUAACAAUUACCUACCUAAGUAAAAAUGGUUAAUUAAAACUUAACAAGAAAGAUUUUUUCUUCUUUUCUUUAUGUUUCACUAGCCCAUGGCAGUUUAUCCCGUGAAAAACAUUAAUUACAUUUAUAAUGAAUGAAUUAUAUGCAAAUAUAUUAUGAAUUAAAAAAUUAAUUAUGAUAAACAACAAACAUGAAACUUUAGAGUAGAAAAUUAAUUUCAGUAAAUAAAAAGAUGAAAACCAUGUACUAAAAUCACGAAUGAAGAAAAAAAUGAACAUUAUUU